UGUUUCUGUAUGAAAAUAUUGAUCGUGGGGAAAAAAGAUUGUCAAGGAUGUUGGAGUCAAGUUAAAGUGUUAAGAUGAUGAGUUGGUACGAAAUGAUGAAGUCUUCAUUUCACGUGGACCACCUCUUAAUCACAGACUGAUCAAAGCUCGGGGUCCUCGUCCACUCUCCUCCCUCAUGUCCCCUCCUCCCUCUUCUCUCCUCCCCCGUCCCUCCUCCUCUAUUAACGGACUAACCGACGACGCUGUGGAUGGGUGGUUGUGAAGGGACUAACCCCAAAGAGGAGAGAGGAGAGAGGAGAGAGGAGAGGAGGGGAACAAACGAUUCCUCCUUUGUUUUUUAAACACAAUUUACUGCAGAGGAGAGGGAGAAAAGAAAAGAGAGGCGGGGGAGAAAAGAGGAGGGGAGGCGUGUGAGGAAGAGUCGGUAACUUUUUCCACGGGCUGUGUCAGUGGUGGAGAAGUGUGGGAAGGAGCAGCAACAGUUUGAAAGUUGCCGUGACUUGGGAACCAGAGAAGCUAACGCUCAUCUCUGCUCCGGAGCUCGUUAGGGUUCAGCUUUAACGCCGGGGUUUUUUUAAAUGAAGAAUAAAGCAACACCAUGACUUUGUCUUUUAGGUUUUAUUUCUGAGUUUUAAAAAGCAACCGCGGCGGCAGCAGCACAGAGGAGCAAAGAAGCUUAGGAGAAACCGGUUCUCCCUGGUCUCCUGACGCCGCUUUUGUGUUUUUCCUGUUUGACAGAACAGACGUUGAGGAGCUCAGCUCAGCUCAGCAAACACUCAGAGGUGAACUGCACUGAUGGACUUGAGAUAGCGUCAGCAGAAGUUUUACCUCAGACACCAACGUCGGACGACCCCACACCCCAACAGAUUCAGCCGCUAUGGCAGAUCCGACUGGGUUGAGCCCCGAGGGGACGGGAGCAGGAACAGUCGAGGUCGACUGCAGUUUGGAGAUUGAGAGGAAGUAUGACAUCAUCCCUGCUGUCAUCUGCUCCAUGUGUUGCCUCUUUGGCAUCAUCUACUGCUUCUUUGGUUACCGCUGUUUCAAGGCCGUCAUGUUUCUCUCAGGCCUCAUGUUUGGCUCCAUCAUCAUUUUCUUGCUGUGCCACAAAGAGCACGUGCUGGACACCCAGCUGAGCGUGGAGGCCAGCGCCGGGAUCGGCCUCGGCAUUGGCCUGCUCUGCGGUCUGGUCACCAUGCUGGUGCGAAGCGUGGGUCUCUUCAUGACCGGUCUGCUGUUAGGUCUCCUCCUGGCCCUCGCUGCUCUGCUGGUCACUCAUCAGUUCUACACUCCGACCACAGUCUGGGUGCCGCUGGGUGUUCUUCUGGGAACGGGCAUGCUGUUCGCCGUGCUGACGCUGCAGUGGCAGAAAUUCUUCACCAUCCUCUCCACGGCCGUGUUCGGGGCGGCCAUCAUGACGGUGUGUGCUGACUACUUUGUGGAGAUGCUGGCCCUGGUCACACAUGUGUACGAAUGUCUGCGCCUCACGCCUGGGCCUCCUCUCUGCUGGUACAGCUGGGUCAUUCUGGGGAUCUGGCCUGCCCUCAGCCUCAUUGGAGUGCUGGUGCAGUGCAAACUGACUGGAGACAACUUCUCACACACUGACGUUGUCAUUAGUCGGCGACAGAAGAGAGUCCAGCUGAUGCGGAUUCGGGAGAAGGACGCCAAGAAGCGACAGCAGGCAGGUGGGCAGGAAGGCACAUACCGCCGUAAAGCCACCCCAGUGAAACGUUACGCUGGGGAUCUACUGGCGCCGAGCUACCUGCAAAGUCUGCGGGACAGACAGAUGGGCACAGGAACUUCCCUUAGCAGCUUGGGCACCGCCAACCACACCAUGAUCGACCUGGAGUACGACACGGGCUCCACCGUGCCCCUCACAGCCACAACACCAGUCGUCAGGGUCUGAGCCACGAGGAGAUGAGAAAGAACUGAAGAACGCUCUCUGGAACGCCACUGAGUCUCCUCGAAGGAGAGCAGAACACCAACUGCUCAGACUGACUCCUAGCAAGGAUGCUACAAUGCUGGGGGAAAACCAUUGCUGCUUUUUUGGUGUUGAGAAGGACCAUGUGUCAGACCCCAGCUUUGAAAAUAGUACAACCACUAAAACCACUUUGUUUCUCACAGAAACAUUUAAAAACAACAGACGCUGACAGAGUGAGGUCCAUAGUUUCCCUUCAAUCAUGUACUGAGUCCACAAACAGCAAAAUUGAGCCUUAAAAAAAACUCAUCGCUCAUCUCUUUUGGUAGUGAAUAUGACAAAUCAGUGUGUUUGACAUUUUACACGUACUGUACUUUAAAGAGUUAGUCGCCAUGAAGUGUUUUGUUUUGUACCUGACUGUUUAACUGUGUGGCCGUAGGAUUGAUCAUUUUAAACUUUUUUUUUUUUUUUAGAUAACGUGCUGUGAGACAAAGUGAAGUAAAACUAAUAAACCUUUUAAAUUCAAGAGAUUUUAAAGCAGUUUUCCAGCAGUACUCAGAAAUCCUGUGACUUUUUUUUUAGUGUUAUGCAGUUUAGCAGAAUACAGAGAGAUGGAGAAGUUGGCCUUUGACUGUGGAUUAAAAUGUUUUAUUUAUUUCAUGUAUUAGCCAUGUACUUGAUAGAGUUUCAAAAAAGGUAAAACUAAAAAACACGGCAUGUUUUUAUGUAUUUGUAGAUUUUUGUCCCACUUGACUGUUGUCUUUUUGUCUCACAGGAACACUGCACUUGUUGCCUGGAUUUGUACAAAGCUGUUGAUACGAUUUUAAAGAUGAAUAAAUGUGUUUGAUAUAAAA